CAGCCUAAAUUACCGAGUACUUACCCGAUUUCGUUGACCCAAUCAACACCUCCACAAACCCUCCACCUUGAAGACAUAGUACUAGUUGUACUCCAUGGAAAUGCAAAGGAAACUCAUGGCGGGAGGAGACCGACUCAACGAUUUGCCCGAUUCAAUCCUACUUCACAUCCUCUCUAUGUUGCCGAACAAUAAAGAAGUUGUGAGAACCAGUGUAUUGUCUGAACGAUGGCAGUUUCUUUGGAAAUUCGUUCCAACAUCACUUGAAUUCAACUUCCCGGUUAGUGACAAUGAAAAUGACACUCGUGAUUACCUAGUUUCUAUCCACAGAGAACUUUAUUAUUGGAGGUCUUGCGAGAAGAUUCGGAAACUCAGAGUGUGGUGCCUUAAGUACGACGAAUGUUAUGCUAAAGAUGUUGAUAUAUGGGUUUAUUUUGCGACUAAACUUGCUAAUGUUGAAGAUCUUCAACUUGGACUUUCUACAAAUAACCGAAGAUAUGAGUUUCCUCAAUUUGCAUAUAAAAAUGCGUCAUUGAGGAAUUUGGUUUUAUGGAACUGCCAAUUGAACCCUUUUGGCAAUGUUAACUGGAGUAGUCUCCUUUCUCUUUCAAUUGUUUACAUGGAAUUCACAGAUGGUGUCAUUGAAAAGGUAUUAUCUGGUUUCCCAAACUUGGAGUACUUGGAAUUGAAAAAAAAUUCGAGCAUACAUCGUUUGGAAAUAAGCUCUAUGAAGUUGAGAGAAUUGAUUAUACUCGACUAUAAAAAUGAGAAUCAUGACCUUUGGCUCGAAUCAUUUGCCCCUUCUAUUAAAAUUUGCAAAUUUUGGGGUUGUGUAGUGAGAUACGCAUCGUAAAUGUGUCAUCACUUGUUACUGCAGUGCUUUGUUUAGAUUUUGAUUUUGAGGACGAAGAACAAAACUUAGAGAAGGAAUUUAGGUUGUUUAAGGAACUUCUUGACAACAUUGCCCAUGUCGAAAAUCUUAACUUGGGAUC